AUGUCGGAGCAUGGAGGAGGAGAGAUUGACCCCAAAGAUUACACUUUUUCCGGACUUAAGGACGAAACUGUGGGUCGACUGCCUGGAAAAGUAGCAGGGCAACAAUUUGUCAUUCAGGACUGUGAGAGCUGUAGUAUCUACAUAUUUGACCAUUCAGCUACAAUCACCAUUGAUGAAUGUGUAAACUGCCAAAUCUUUUUAGGACCAAUAAAAGGCAGCGUGUUUUUCCGUGACUGCAAAGAUUGUAAAUGCAUAGUGGCCUGCCAACAGUUUCGUGCUCGGGACUGCAGAAAGCUGGAGGUAUUCUUGUGCUGUGCCACCCAGCCCAUUAUUGAGUCCUCCACAGGUAUGAAAUUUGGAUGUUUCCAGUACUAUUAUCCUGAGCUUGCUUUACAAUUUAAAGAUGCUGGACUGAGUAUCUUCAAUAACACAUGGAGCAACAUCCAUGACUUUACCCCUGUCUCAGGAGAAAAUAAUUGGGGCCUUUUGCCCGAGAAUGCUGUAGUCCAAGAUUAUGUUCCUCUGCCCAGCUCUGAGGAGCUGAAAGCUGUCAGAAUUUCUACUGAUGCUACAAGGAGCAUAAUACCAAUAACUCGAGGGCGGAGACAGAAAAGCAGUGAUGAAUCGUGUUUGGCCGUGUUUUUUGCUGGUGACUACACAACUGCAAAUGCCAGGAAGUUAAUUGAUGAGAUGACUGGCAAAGGCUUUCAGCUGAUACAGACCAAAGAAGUCUCAAUGAAGGCAGAGGAUGCUCACAGAGUUUUCCAGCAGAGUGCAUCAGAAUUCAUUCCACUGCUUGAAAAAGGUCCAGUGGUUGCUUUGGAAUUCAGUGGAGAUGGUGCUGUGGAAGGAUGUCAAAGCACUGUAAAUGAUGUUUUUAGUGGGACCAAGGUUUUUGUAUCGGAGAGCAAGGCAUCAGCAUCUCAAGAUGUAGACAAUUUCUACAACUUUGCUGACAUGCAGAUGGGAAUGUGAAGUUUAAUAUGAAGGUGUUCACAUACGGUUUGUCUCGGCACUUGGAUGUCACUUGGCUUGAAUAUUGCAAUAGCGUCUGAGAAUUUUUGUCGUCUGGUUUUGUAUUUCUCAU